AUGAGAAUCCAAAUCCAGGAAUUGUCUGAUGACGUCGCCUAUACCGACUUCUUCAAAGGUCUAAAGGAUGGGUCAACCUUUAAGUUUGACUUGGUAAGAAAAAGGGUCUCUACCCUUCAUGAGGCAUUAAUGAAGGAAGAGGCUUACAUACAGGCAAUGGAACUUUGCACUGUUAAACUUCCAGCGGAUUACAAAAGAUCCGAUAAAAGAGAAAGCCAGCCUACUCAGCCGGCCAAAAGGGAAGAGAAGAAACGAAAAGAAGUCUGGGCGGCAGAGCCAUCCGGACAACCGUUCCAGAAGAGAAAGAGGUCGGAUCUGUAUGUCCCAAGGUACGAAUUCACCAAGGAUUGCGCCUCCAUUCUCAAGGAGGUUAAAGACCGGUUAAAUCUUGAAAAACCGGCAGCAAUGAAGAGUCCCGUGAGCAGCCGGGAUAAAGGUAAAUAUUGCCAUUUCCACGAAGAGAUAAGCCAUGACACUGAAGGUUGUUUUAGUCUUAGGCGGCUCUUUGACCGCCUUGCUGAUGAGGGGGCUCUAAAAACUUAUCUGUCAAAAUCAAAGGGUACUCCCAAACAGGUCAAAGGACAACCUCCAAAGACACCGGAAACUCCUUCUGACACUGAUGAGGAUACCAUCUUAACCAUAGCCGGUGGAUUUUAA